AUGCUCUCAGGUAUCCUUGAGAUGCUCUCUCAGGUGAUCCCUCAGGUGCUCUCGCAGGUGUUUCCUCAGGUGGUUUUUAGACCCUUGUUCAUUUGCGCCAUCUGUCUGUGUGGGGCAGCAGCAUCACCAACGCCUCUGCCCCUCUCCUCACCUUCCCCAACUCUCACUGUCCUCUUUCCGUCCCCCCCCCAUCCCUUCCCUUUCCCCCCUCCAGUCGCUGGUCCACUUGCGCCAUCUGUCAGCGUGGAGCAGCAGCAUCACCAACGCCACUGCCUUGCUGCUCCUCGCCUACUUACCUCCUCGCUAGAAAUGCCCCUCCUUCCCCUCUUUUUUCCUCUCAUUUCCUUCAUUGUCCCCCGCUACUUGCCCUGUUCCUCUCCUCUCCUCCCUCUUCCAGUCUCCUCCAUUCCUUCUCCUCCGUCUUCUAGUCUCCUCCAUUCUCUCUCCUCUUCCCCCUCUUCCGAUCUCCUACCACUUUUCCCCCUGCUAUACACUUGUCCCCCCUCCCCGCUAGCCCCUUGCUUCCCCCCUCCCAGGAGGCCCGUGCAGAGCAAGCUGCCGCAGGAGCCGGAUGAAGGGAGAGGGCAACGCCAGCUCAGGAGGCCCGUGCAGAGCAAGCUGCUGCGGGAGCCGGGCAAGCGAAGGCAACAUGGACGAUCAGGGUGGGGCUAA